AUGAGGAAGUAUCGCAAACGAUGUUCCAUAUUGACACCUGGAAGAAAUGAUUAUCGCUUUAAUCCCAUAAGCACUACUAUUACUACCAGAAAUAUGGGAAUUAAUGCCAAUAAUGACAGCAUCUGCUUGAAAUCCACUUGCAUCCCACUUCGCAGAUCUUCAUUCUCUACCAGUGAUUACAACAGUCUUACACAGUCAUUGGCCGUGCCCACCCAUGGUGGGCAUGUAUCUGACGCAGGAUCAGUCCCCGGUCUAGACAAUGAAUCGAGCAGAGGGGUGAAAAGGAUGUACUCUGAGUCCAUGGGUAUAAGGACCUCGGCACCUCUGGUCAGUGAAUCCAGUGUCAUACCCUCUGUUAAUAAGACCAAGGCUGGUGACACAAAACGGAGUGGAGCAUCCUCCAUGGUCCACAGGCACGCAUUAUCCCGGCCUAGUCACAGAAAACUGACCGCACAUAGCGCAACGAAUUGUACCAAUUCUAACCCUUACGACGAUGAGUAUUACACCAGGCAUGUAACAAUUGGCAAUUCUCUUAACUUUGGAGAUCUUGCUGAUGAUCAUUCUGCAACAGACCCUUACAUAGACGUGUUAGCUUCGCUGUCAAAUGAUGUCAUAAAAUUAGGAUUGUAUGGUUUAAAUCAGAAUGACUACAAAUUCAUUACAAAUAAUGGGCUUGUUGAUAAGCGACGAAUGUCACGUAGGUCUAGUGAUGUGACAGUGGUGGACGAUAAGUCAUCGUUCCUGGACGCUUCCCCGGCCCAGAUGCUUCCUUCGGAUAAAGAACCCGAUUCGGCUAAAUCACAGAAUAUUACCGCAGGGAAGGAUGGGUCUCAGUAUAAUAAUAAACCCCAUGAAGAUAAUCCAGAUGAAAACCCCAUUUCAUAUGGCAAUAAAGUUACACCAGACGAUGAAAAGGUUCUAUGCGAUGAUAAUGGCGUGUCAGCUGAUUUGACAAAACUCAACUAUGAAUCCUUAUGCAGCACACUAUCUAAGUCUAUCGAAAGUAAUAUUAUGCCAAAAGUCAUAUCAAAUGAUAUGUUACUUUCCAUAGCCGAAUUACUAAUGCCAUAUUGCACUGACAAAAAUGCAGAUGAUAUAGUAAAUGCAUUGUCACAAGCCAAAAAGAACUAUGAAAAACACAAAAAAAUAACUUCUGCAAAAGAUAUCCCCCUUGUUACAGCGAACGAUAACAGUCUGGAUAAAAACGCCCCAGAUAAUAAGGUUUUGUUUGACUUUUUCAAAAAAAAGUCUGUACCACGUAACAGAUUAUCUCCUUACUCAUCGCAAAAUUCAGAUAACAUAUUCAAGCGUGUAAAAGAUGUCAAUUGUCUUAACUACUCACAAAAUGCUUCUGUCGUCUCCCCCCUUACUACAGCCCAGCAACAUACAUCAGCGCCUGGCAGUUUAUCUCGCGUGGCAAGGAUGAAAUCCAUAGGUCAGCACAAUUUGAGCAUCAAGUCCCUAAGACUAAAAUAUAAAAGAUCAGCCUUUUCCACUUCAUCAGCUCAAGGCGUUUCUGGAGUUGAUUCAAAGAAACUCGAGACUCAACUGUGGAGUAGCCUGGGCACAGUUACCAUUCUGAUAGGCCGAGCUUUAGGCCAAGGAUCUUUUGCCAAGGUAUUUCCCGCGCGACUAUCUCUAUCCAGCACUUCUAACGACUCUGGAAUUGAUAUACCAAAUUCCAGUGCUAGUAAUAGUCGUGUUGGAAACGAAGCAGUGGACCCUUUCCAAUUGUGUUUUCAGUGCAUUAACAGGGGCUACCUUGAAUGCGCACUGAAGAGACUGACAGCCAGCAGCACCAAUAGGCGAAUGCAGUACAUUAGGGAGAGGGAAAUGAUGCGGCACUUGAAUCCGCAUGUUAUGCGCCCUCUCGCUUGUAGAUUUUUUUCAAACGGUUCCAAAAGUUUCCAAAUUCUGAUGCCAAGGGCUAGGGGUGACCUUGCCUCCAUGCUCAAGUCCCUUUACAGUUUUAGGGCAAAUCAAUUAUUCCUUUACUAUACUCAGAUGAGGCGAGAGGACCGUUUAGUUUCUUAUGAGGAAUUCAGGGUUGGUUUGACUGAGAAAGAGAUCAAAUUUUUGAUUUUGCAGAUCCUGAGUGGAUAUGCAUUCUUGCAAACAACAUUUCAGGGUAAUAUGGUUAGGCAUUCUGAUAUCAAGCUGGCAAACGUGCUAGUUUUUUGCAGUCAGUUUGACAGAUACAAUCCAUUAAAGUGGAACAUUAAACUUGCAGAUUUUGGUUCAUCGCUACUUCUUCAUCCAACGCAACAUUUUAGUGAAAAUGAGUCUAUACUCCAAUUGACGAAUGCCCUGAUUACUGAAUGGGUCGGCGAAUCGUCGAAUCAGAUCCAAUCACUGGUGCAAGGGACAAUCAGAUUUAAUGCACCAGAGGCUCUAACUCACGAUAGGCAUGGGUCUCACCGAUCAAAUCACAACCAAAAUUUGAUUCGCGCUCAUGAAUCACUGUAUGGGCCACUAGAUAAAGUGAUAAGUGAAUAUAACCAAACUCCCCGUGUCUGGGGAGUGGUUGAGAAGGUUGAUACGGAUGGUAGAUACCCAAUUUCAACGCCAUUCGUCCCUGGUGCGGAUAUGCAUGACAUUGCAGAGUAUUCUUUAGUAGAUUCAAGGGCAGACAUGUGGUCUAUUGGGGUACUUUUGGCCGAACUUAUCCGUGGUUCCAGUUCUGAGAAUUCACUGCCGAAAAUAAUUCCAACCUGCCUUACUGAAUCUGAAUUCGGUUCGAAUUGUCGAAAUUCGCUGAAUCGAAAGGCCAAAAGGCUCGGUGAUUUGUUGGGAACUGGUUUAUUCACUGUGCGAGACGGAAUGACAGAUAAGGAGGUAAACAAGAUGAUGGCUCUGGAAAUUAGCAAUUGUAAUGGAACAAAAAGCGAUACGGAGGCUUACAUUAGGUCUUUAUAUAACGAAUGUGAUAUGCCUCAUCUAGAUGUGAACUUUUGGGACCUAUUUUUAUCAUUUUUUGUUUACAAGCCACAUAAACGAGUUGUGGCUGCUGACGCAUUGGGCCACAAGUGGUUUUGUUCCAGUGGUUGUCCAAUGUACAAAUCCCAAGGCAAUGCCUGCGCUAACGAUCGGAAUUUAUUGCAUUUUGAUCUUGUUGAUUCAUUACAGUGCUACUCGAACCACAAUCUUCUAGAACACUCGAUAAUUAACAGCAAUAGUAGUGAUAUCGGCAGUGGGCAUAAGGACAUAAAAUGCAAUGCUUGGUUCAGUGGCGCUUGGCUAUACCAUACUCUAGUCCAUAGUGGCCAAUACGAUCCGAGCAGUCCACUGCACCAGCUGUAUAGGAAGGAGGCGGGCAUACUUGAAUCAAGGGAAAAGGUGUUUUGGGGGAAAACCGGCGCAGUACUAUCGUUACUGAUUAAGCUCAAGGACUCACGAAUUUGUGACAUGACGUCUACACUAGCCUCCCACAUAUUGGGACAUGCGCUUUCGCAAUACAAAAAAGGGCUAUAA